AUGUUCGUCGAGUUAGACGAUGCCAUCUGGGCCCGUCACAUCGAAGGUGACGAGAUGCAAGUCACCUUCGCCCUGUCAAAUUUGACAGCACGAGCAAAGACUUGUGCCUCAGGGCUCAAUCUUCACGACCCAAACGUGUUUAAGAUCUUGAAGUCUCGGCUCAAAGAGAAGUUUGAGCCGCCGAGAACCGAGUCCAGAGCACGCUCUGCGCUCUUGAGGCUCAAGCAAGCUGGGCGUGACGUGCACGCUUACGCACAGCACCUGCGCUACCUUUCGAGUAGCGUCACGGAAAGCCCUGUUGAUGAGCACACGCUCAUCAACGUGUUUAUCUACGGCCUUGUGCAUGGGCCGGUGAAGACCUACAUGUUCCGAGAGGACUUCCAUACGCUGGAAAAGUCGAUAGCGUAUGCGGAACAAGAAGACUUCAGCCUGAGACAGUCUCAGGCUAUCUCGUCAAACUAUCGUCCGACGAGACGACAGGAGACAGGAGGUCCCGAACCAAUGGACCUCUGUUGCAUCGAGAGCGAGAACUCUCGCUCUCUGAGUCACAAGCGAACGGCAAGAUGCCACCUCUGUCAGAAGAUUGAACACUACGCUCAUGAGUGUAGUGUCCCGAGCACCGCAACACGUCCAAAGACAGGACGUGAUGACCACCGUAGGCCAAGGAAGGGUGCUAGGCGUGGGUCCGACCAUGUGGCUAAGUCGCGACAGUAA